AUGUGUCUCUACAGCAAAUGAUGUGUCUCUUUUUCAGUAAAAGUUCAAGUCUUGUUUUCACCAUCUUUAUUUAUUUCACCAUUUUACACCAUCAUUGAUAUGAUAUGUACGGUUGCCAUGGAUACAGAUGUUUUUUGUGGUUUCCUCCGGUUGUUUUGUCGAGCAAAGAGAGAACUGACCUCCAACUUGUAAAAACCUUUCAAAACCUUCAGGUUUUUGCAAGUUAAAGGACUGUGCACAGGAGUUCCCUCUUCCCUAUGGAUGGUCCUUCCUACACUCCUGUCUGAAGCACACAGAGAUGAAACCAACUCACCCCUGCUAAGGGUUACUGUGGAUCAAACAGCCAUGAGAAAACUCCACCCCUUACAUCCAACGAAAACCAAGGAACACCGGUUAUUCUUGUUUUUAAUUGAGAUGAGGCACAGAUGGUAAGUUCCACCAUCACAAUAAAAUCACAACACUGACAGAAACCAACGACUCGAUGGGAUACUCUCAGUAGCAGAUGGAAACCUAAAGAUGACAGGAGAAAGAACUGGCAGCCUUUACUGAGAAGGAAAAUGGCUUCACAAUCAGACGAGGAUCUCUCUUGUCCAGUCUGCCAUGACAUCUUUAAAGAUCCUGUUGUCCUGUCCUGUAGCCACAGCUUCUGCAGAGACUGUCUGCAGACCUGGUGGAGAGAGAAACCUGUACAGGAGUGUCCAGUUUGUAAAGAAAUACCUUUGAUGAGUGAUCCACCUCGUAACCUGGCAUUAAAGAACCUGUGCGAGACCUUCUUACUGGAGAGAGAUCAGAGAACUUCAGCAAAGUCUGAGGCUCUCUGCUAUCUGCAUUCUAAGAAACUCAAACUCUUCUGUCUGGACCACCAGCAACCAGUGUGUGUCGUCUGCAGAGACUCUAAAACACACACCAAACACAGAUUCAGACCAACUGAUGAAGCUGCACAGGAUUUUAAAAAGGAGCUCCAAAAAAUCCUGAAGCCUUCAAAGGAGAAACUGAAGGUCUUUGAACGUGUUAAAGAAAACUGUGAUCAAACAGCAGAACACAUUAAAGUCCAGGCCCAACACACAGAGAGGCAGAUUAAGGAGCAGUUUAAGAAGCUUCACCAGUUUCUACAAGAGGAAGAGGAGGCCAGGAUCACUGCUCUGAGAGAGGAAGAGGAGCAGAAGAGUCAGAUGAUGAAGGAGAAGACUGAGGCUCUGAGCAGAGAGAUAGCAGCUCUUUCAGACACAAUCAGAACCACAGAGGACGAGCUGAGAGCUGAAGACGUCUCAUUCCUACAGAACUACAAGGCAGCAGUGAAAACAGUCCAGCAGCGCCCCCUGCUGGAUGAUCCACAGCUCGUCUCAGGAGCUCUGAUAGACGUGGCCAAACACCUGGGCAACCUGACCUUCAACAUCUGGAACAAGAUGAAGGAGAUGGUCUCCUACACUCCUGUGAUUCUGGAUCCAAACACUGCUCAUCCAGAACUCAUCCUGUCUGAAGAUCUGACCAGUGUGAGACAUGGAGAGAAACAGAAGCUUCCUGAAAACCCUGAGAGGUUUGGGUUUCAUUGUGUUGUCCUGGGCUCUGAGGGUUUUAACUCAGGGACUCACUGCUGGGAUGCUGAGGUUGUGGAUGAACAGUAUUGGGCUCUGGGAGUGAUACAGGAGUCUGUCCAGAGAAAGGAAGAAAUACUGACUGGAUUCUGGGAAAUCUGUCUCCUUGAAGGAAAAUACACAGCAGGCUCUCCACCACUUCCAUCUAAAGUUCUCCCAGUGAAAAACCUUAAGAGGAUCAGAGUUUGUCUGGACUUUGACAAAGGAAAACUGUCAUUUUAUGAUCUCGAUGCAAACACACACAUACACACCUUCAAACACACUUUCAGUGACAGGGUGUUUCCAUACACUGACACCGAUAAAAAACCUUCAAUGACGAUAUUACCAGUGACAGUCUCUGUAACAGUGGAACAGCCGACUGUGUCAAAAGCCGUCUGGUCUGGUUUCCGGUCUUAGUUCGACAUGCUAUAUAUAGUUAUUGUCAGGUUAAGAAAAGCCUUCUUUUGGCUUCUAAACUGGUUGGAAACAAAAAUCUUUUAUGAAAUUUGAAAUAGCUUGAACUUUUUGUCCUUUUAUAUCCAAAGAUGUUCAGCACAGGACAAAUGUCUGUAACUGAAUGAACAUCCUGGAUAUUUCCUGUUCUUCUGCAUUCACAACAUGAUCACACAAUACGUCACAAAGGAUGUGGAGUUGACAGCAGAGCAGCUUGCUGGGUGUUACUGUGUGUUUUGAAUUGUUUUAAAUAGAUUUUUUUUUCUUUCAGUCUUUGUAAGUGAAAGUGAAAUCAUUCUCAGUGUUGGUGGAUGCUGGAAUUGCUUUUGCAUUUUGUUUAUGAAUUUGUGAUUUUGUAACAAUAAAAACUUAAAGUACAUUAAACUUUAGAGCUGCAGCAAUUUGACAGCUGUUUUGUUAAUCAAUUAAUCUUUUCAAAGUAAAAAUGUUAAACCCUCCCCAGUUUCCGCUUUUCAUUUGUGAGAAUUUGCUGCUGCCAAAAUGGAGCUAAUAGCAGCCAGUCAGGGCAACUGGGAAAGACAGGACCAGGAACGCUAAAACCAGCAGAGUAUAGACAGAGCCAUGAAGAGGUGGACGGAGCCUGGCAGGACCCAAACCAGGCUGACAACUGCUGGUCAAGGUAACUGGACUAAACAGAACCAGGUAGGACCAAACAGGACUGAACAGAGCAGAGAUGGACAGCAUUCCAACAAUAUUCCAACAGUUUUGUCACGUUUACUUCCAUAAAUGUCCUGAAUACUUCUUCCACGAUAUGCCAACACAUUGUGGAUGACUGCCUAAAUGAUACAACGUAUGUGUCGAUUUUCUUCUUCACCUAAUUCUAAAUGACGUCAAGUCUCACCUUUGAGGGAGAGAAUAAAUAAUAUUUAGCAAAUAAGUGAAUAUCACCACAGCCAUGAAUGAACAAAAUCAGUGGCAGCCCUGAUGCAUUUCAACAAAAGUGGGCCGACUACAGAUAAUUAAAUAAAUCAGAAAACACACACUCAUGUUAGUGGUGUGAUUCAGGAACCACGUCAGACAGGUCACCAAAACUAAUAAUCUAUGAAACAGGACAAUGUGUCACUUUACCAGCUCCAAGAAUUCAUAAA